AUUCCUCGGUGCGGGACUAGCAGGCUUGAUUGACAACAAACGACAGACAUACCUGUGUGUGUGUGUGUUCACCAACAAACAUGCCUCCGAAGAAGAAAAAGGGGAAGGGGAAAGGGAAGAAAAAGAAGAAGGAUGAUGCUUCCUUAGAACUCGAGGACAAAUACAAAAAGACUAUGACUGAAAUAGAGGCACUAAAAGAUCACCUUGCCAUUCGUAAGGAGAUUGCAAGGAAAUCUCAAUCUGUCGGGAACAUGAUGAAGUCACGGAUGGCCGAGGCACAGAAGGAUAUGGAGGAGCAGAAAGCUGACCAAAAGGCCAUCAAUUCAGAAAUGGCACUUGCCUAUAAAAGCAUGCAGACCACAUUGCAACUGAAGGUACACACACUGGAUAUGAAGCUCAUGCAAACAGAGGCCAAACUUAAGGAGACAGAGAAAAAACUGAGAGAAACUGAGGAUGAAAAGGAACGAAUCACAAGGGAAAAAGAUGAAGAAAUAGAGAAACUGAACCUCAAUAUACGAGUUAUGGAGAAAGAAUAUAUCAGGAUUCUUGAUGAGUCGCUUAAUUCCCUUGUGGCCAAAAUAGACGGAGCCAAGAGUAAGUGGGAGCUGUCUGGGAGUAAUCUACAGGCCCGAAGUAAACAAAAUCUCCUGGAACUUGGACUUCACCCUCUGGACAUCUAGACCAUCAAUGGAUAAGCCAAUCAUAAUCCAGCUAAAAUGGAUAAGCCUAUCAGAAUCCAGCAAAAACAUGGAUAAGCCAAUCAGAAUCCAGCAAAAACAUUGAUAAGCCAAUCAUAAUCCAGCUAAAAUGGAUAAGCCUAUCAGAAUCCAGCACAAACAUGGAUAAGCCAAUAAGAAUCCAGCAAAAACAUGGAUAAGCCAAUCAUAACCCAGCUAAAACGGAUAAGCCUAUCAGAAUCCAGCAAAAACAUGGAUAGGCCAAUAAGAAACUAUUAAUAUUAACUUUUGAAUUUAGAAGGAGAAACACAAUGUUUUAGAAGCUUAUUGACACAUAAACCAUCAUUGACAACAAAGGGAUUAUUUCAGUGGCAACAAAAGGAUUAUUUUCUGGAGAAGACAUUUACAAACUAGCAUGCGAAGUGGUUUACUAUCAGAUCGAGGAACAGAAUUUGGUGUGAAGACUUUAAUCCAAUCACCAUUCCCAGAGAGAAACUUCUUUAUAAAUAAUACUUAUACUAUUAAUCAUAAAUCGGUGGUAUACAUAAAGUAUUUUUUUUAAAAUUGGAACAAACAAACAUGUCUGGAUUUAUUUUUCUCGUUGGAUGUGUGAACCAAUAGGAUUCCCAAUAAACUUUUAACCAAUCAGAAUUCAUCAGAAUCUUAAACAAAAUACAGUUUCUUGGACAUGAUAGCUGUAUAUCUGUGAUAGGGAUAAGAUAAAUGUUACAUAUUUAGUCAGAGUGUGUUGAGAGGACCACAUUGUAUUUUACUGACCAUAUAUAUGUGGCUACAUGUUAUCACACUCAAACGCAAAUCUUUGGUAAUUUUAGUUUCAUGAUGAAUGUGAAUUUGUGUGGUCAUCUUUACAAUGAAAGCUACAGUGGCUGUUUUAGUUAGAUGAUUCCCCGCUCUUGUGGCUAGCCACAACCUUUUCUUAGGGCUUUCUGGGGCCAAUUCCUUAUUGAAAAGUUUUCAUACAAGAGGCAAAUUCCCUAAAUUUGCAUUUUACUAUCCAAAUUAGGUAAAUAUUUCUACGCUGAAAAAUCCUCAUUGACUACUGACCAAAGUCAAUAUGUCUCAACUAUGAGAGAUGUUAUGCUGAUGUUUUUUUCUAUUAUUAAUUAAAGAGACUUUUAUAUUAUACAAAACUUAAACAUUUAUAUAUCGACCGCAGGUCUUAUUUAUUCUGUAUAAAGAAAUAAAGCAAUGAAAUACUUUU